GAGUCUAGGAGUCUGGGUCGACUAUUCGUCCUGGAUGCCCCGUCCGCAGCCCCGGAGAGCGCCGACAAACACACAGGAUUGGCUGUCAUUGUCCCCAUAUCGGACCGCGGUUUGCAUCUUUAAACGGCCUGGGUCGGCCCUGAGCUGCCUGAUACGGCCAAGCGCUUUGGCGUGGGCCAUGCGACCUUCUUAGCAUCGAAACCCCCACCACGCGCGCGCAUCUCCAAGAACUCACAUGCACGACGGAGCGAGACAAAACCCCAAAGCUUUCCGCUGUUGUUAGUGCUGGCUUCUGACCACUUUUGAUCAUCCUCCUUUCAGACCGCUGCCUGCGAUCAGAAACUCGUGCGAAGAGCUCUUUACAACUGCAUUCCCGCCAUCUUCACCACUGUCCUCCGACGUCCACGCUGACACUGACGCCUUUACCCCUCCAAAUCGCCGUCCGCCUUGAAAAGAAGCCCGCACACCCGAUCGCCCACCAUGGCUGCGCAAGACCUUCCCAUGGAUCUCCCAAUCAUCGACCUCGAUGUCUUCCUGAACGAGCCGCGCGACUCGCCUGCCGUCCGCGAAGAAUGCGCAAAAGCCGCCACCGCCCUCAUCACCUAUGGCGCUCUCGUGCUGCACGACUCUCGCGUCGCCGAAUCCGACAACACCACAUUCCUUGACCUUCUCGAGGACUACUUCGCACAACCCGCCGAAGACCUUAAGAAGGACGAGCGCCCAGAGCUCAGCUAUCAGAUCGGCGUGACCCUCGAGAAUACGGAGAAGCCCAAGUGCGCUGUCGACGAACCCUGUCUGCAGAUUAUUCAGCGCCUUGCCCCUUCCGAGCGCCCUCUUGACAUUGGCGGCCACGAACCCGACCCUAAGUGUCGCUUCUUUUGGCGCAUGGCCGAGAACCCGCCCUAUGAGACCGAGUUCCCCGGGCUCAACGCGCCCAAUGUCGUCCCGGAAGCCCCGCACAUCCGCGAGCGUUGGCCGCCGGCCAUGGACAAGUGGGGGACAUCGAUGAAGCAGGCAGUCACCGGCCUCUCCAAGAUGGCGGCUGUUGGCCUGGGCCUGCCCGCCGACACUUUCAGCGACGCCGCCAAGUACGGACCUCACCUCCUGGCACCGACGGCUUCGGAUCUGGUCAAGUACGGCAAGCAGGACACCAUUCUGGCCGGCUUCCACACGGACCUCAACUUCCUCACCAUUCACGGCCGUUCGCGGUACCCCGGCCUGCACAUCUGGGCGCGCAACACGGGCAAGAAGAUUUCCGUCAAGAUCUCCGAGGGCAACUACCUCUUGGUCCAGGCCGGAAAGCAGUUGGAGCACCUGACGGGAGGUCUCAUCAAGGCGGGCUUCCACGAGGUCGUGGUCAACGAGAAGACACUUGACGUGAUUGAGCGUCGCAAGACCCAAUUCCCGGACCGCCCGCUCGUCCGCAUCUCGUCAACGUUCUUCUUCCACCUGUCAUCCGACUUCGAUAUCACACCGAUCCCCCAGCUGGCGGAGCAGGCACAAAAGGUCCGGGCUGAGCAGUUCAACCUGGGCAAGGACGAAGGCGAGGAGGUGGUGUAUAAGCCCAUGAAGGUGGGAAACCAAGUGCAAGAAGAGCUCAAGCACAUUGCCCUGAUGACAUGAUGAACAAAAAACCCGCUGUAUUAAUGUAGUACUAUUAAUAGUAUUUUCUUUUUUAAACAAGACUGUGUAUUUUUC